UUUUUACAGGCGCCAUGGUGAGGAACAUCGUUGGAUAUUGUUGAUACUCACUUCGCACAUUCAAUAUCCGUGAUGGAAGUCCGGCUUGCCCAACUAUGGCUCGGAGUGGCUCUGGCCAGCCUGCUGCUGCCCUACUCGACCCCCGACCCCUCCAAGGCCCACGACCGACGCAAGAGGUUCAUCUGGCUGACCACCGAUGGACGACUCGCACUGCCUCCAGGCACCAGUCUUACCAUCACACCCUCCCUGGCGCUCCCCUUCGUGCGCUACACUCCCACCGGCUUCUUAGCCAACAUGUCCAUAAGUCUGCCCUUCACCAUUGUGUUUGACGCUCUGGGGCUGACCGACAACCAGAACCCGUACGGAGUGCUGCCACCCCUGUUCGGCCGCAGUAUGGGGCGUAUGGGCGGCCGCCUGUUGGCUGACUACGUGGCACAGUUGCUGGAUCACAAGCGCGGCAAGCGCUCACCCCCGGAGAAACCGCCUUUCGAUGCCUUCCAUGGGGGAGAGAGGGCCAUCUUGUACACGGUGGCUGAAGAGUUCUUGGAGAGCUUUGGCAUGGACGGACACGCGUGUCUGCUCAGAGCUAUCUGUGAGGUGCACGGCCAGCCUGAUCACAAGUAUGGUCUCCUGGGAGAGAUAGUCAAGCUGUUCUUCACGGCCAGUAAGUCUCCAUACGCGGACCUGCUACAGGAGUAUGUGGCCGCAGAGGUGAGUGGGCAGCAGGACGGGGAGUGUUGGAGGUUCUACAAGGGUUGUCCUAAGUCCCUCUUCCAGAACCCUCACACUAAGAAGUACUCUAAAGAGGAGCACAGCGAUCAAGAGGAAGGAGGAGGGGGAGAGGACGGCGGCUACUCUACAUCGACGGAGAAGUUACGGUACCCCGAGUCCCGUCCGUUCAAGAAGACGCCAUCUUUUAACAGACAGACAAUAUCGAAUGGUAAAAGAAAGGAUGGGACAAAAAAAUUAACAACUCCACCGGAUAGAAGGUUUAUGUGAUAAGUGUGGGAGAGGGUGCAGAGGAUACCAGCCAUGUGACUCAGGAAGAAACAAACUCUGGAGAUUGCGAUAAGCCAGUUUAAUGUGCCAAUAGCAUAGAGGACACGAUCAAGAGUGUUGUAUACCUAGUUUUAUAUAUAAUAAGAGAUUAUGUAAACAUAUCAUUCAUACCAGUGUUAGCUUUGUAAGGAUAUAGUGGAAAUAUUAUAA